GAGUAUAAUAUACAUCGACCACCGCGACACCGUGCUGGCGGAGACCCACGCGGAACGGUGGGUGGCAAAGCAGCUCUACCUCCGCUUGCUGUACGGCGGCUCCGUGAAGGCCUGGAAGUCCGAGCACAGCGUCGCGCAGUUCCCGCGGGAGGACUUUGCCCACAGGUUCGCGAAGGAGAUGGCGGAGGGGCGGAAGAAGGACUGCGGCGCUCGCAAGGAGGAGCUGAGCCAGCUCCGGAAGAUGACGGCAAGACCCGUGGAGUUCCUCGAGUACGCGCUCAACACAGCGGCUGAGAGAGAGAUCGUUGACCUGGUCGUCAACAAGAUCGAGGAGGACCCAGAGGCGUCGGUUUGCGCCUUCGAACACGACGGCCUCUUCCUGUACUACCCGGCGGGUGAGGCGCAGCUCAACAGGGACAUCAAGAGCGUGCUGGGCGAGAUCAACUUCACGAUCAAGGGCACCCUGACCGUCGAUGAGGCGCUCGCGAGGGCUGAGGCGGAGAUCCUCAAGCAGGCGCCGGAGCUGGGGCAUCUGUGGAAGCAAGUGGACGACUCGUGGCUUGAUCACCACAGCGUCAUCAUGCAGGCGUACAACGGCAACCUGGCGCACUAUGGCCUGUACGCAGAGGUGGCGUUGAGGUCACCAGCGGUCUCGCCGGACGUGCCGUAUCCCUUGACGGCAAUAUUUAAGAUCCUCGUUGACUCUGGUCAUAAAUGUUGGUUUAGCUGCAGUCGCAGUGCGUGGUUUCUGACCGGGGACAGCACGAUCGACACGCUCAAGCUCGCAGCCUCGAAAAUAUGUGUUCGGGACCUCUCAGACUACAUCUGCACCUGGACGACCUCAGAGGAUGCAGUCUCCACCGUGAACAUCCGCUGGGAAUAUACAGGAGAAAGCUUCAAAAGCGGCCUGGCAAGCAGCCUCAAACCCUCGCUGGGCUGCACGCAGAGCGAGUUUGACCUGGACGGCGAGGACACGCGGAAGUACCUCAACUUCAACGGCAAG